AUGGUUAGAACUAGAGGGUUAGGUCGUGCCUUAGGCAGGGUUUUAGGUAGAGCCCUGGGGAGAGAUGAUCAUUAUGAUUCAGAUGAUGUUCCCCAACGGAGAAGGCCUACAGCAUUUGCACGUAGGCAACGAGAAGCUGCCCUUAUUGUUGAGGAUGAUCCUGUGCUUACUGAAGACGUACAUGCACAUGGUGAAAAAGCUGUUGUUGAUGCUGAGAGAUUUCCAGGUGGGCCGCAUGACCCAUCAAUGCUGACUGACUAUGGUGACCGUGUUGCAGUCAUUGUGUGGAAUGGAGAGGAACGUCCUGAAUUGAAGUUAUUCUCCCAUGGGAGGAAGGUUCAGAAAUUUAGGAGGCCUGCUCCAGAAAUUGAAGGGCUAGUUGCUGCCACAGGAUUAAGUCCUUUGAUCGCAUGUUUAGUAGACACUGGCGAUCGGGGACUUAUAUCCGCUUUUGUGGAGAGGUGGCAUAAGGAAACUAGCAAUUUCCAUCUUCCUAUUGAAGAGCUGACCAUCACCCUGGAUGAUGUGGCAUCUCUGCUUCAUCUUCCAAUUAUUGGUGCAUUCUAUAGCUUCGAGCCUCUUCAUGUUGACGAAGCGAGUGGAAGUUAUGCAUGGGGAGUUGCCACCCUAGUGCAUAUGUAUGAUCAUUUGAAUGAUGCUUGUAAGAGCGGCGACCAACAGCUUGCUGAUUACAUCACUCUAUUACAGUGUUGGAUAUAUGAGCAUUUUCCCUCAGUUCCUGAGUGUUUGACUGAUCCAGACUAUGAUGAGAUCUCAUCACGUGCCUGCCGGUGGAUUGCUACGAAGACUUCUUUGAAGUCAUUACCUGCAUCGACGUACAGGAAACAUCUAGACGGACUGAUGAUUCUUGAUGUUUGUUGGAUGCCUUACGGUGAGCACCACGGAGUAUGGGACUUUGAUUUGAUUUCAUGUUUUUCAAGUCAUCUGCGAUGGGGUCCUGUUGUGGUCAAACACCGACCAGAGAGGGUGGUGCGACAAUUUGGAUACGUUCAGACCAUUCCUCCACAAACUACAGCUUCCAUGUUAUCAUUUGAAGAUAUUGACGACAUGUGGAUGCAUUACUCUUACUAUCUUGUAGCAGAGGGGCGGAUUUGUGUUGUGCCAGGACAGUGUGCAUCCGAUUACAUGGAGUGGUUCUUCAUGAUUUCUCAUCCUUUCAUGACACCGGCACAGCCUGCUGAUCCGCCCAGACAUCCACUUGGGUCACAGGAUGACACAUAUGUGGAGCCACAUAUCCCUGAGGUCCCAGUGGCACCAGCAGCACCACCACCGGCACAUGCCCCUUCUGAUGUGGAGCAGCCUAGACAUGCAGAGGCUUGCCAAGCAAUCGCAGAAAGGUUGGAGCGUCUCAACCUAAGGAUAGUCACUAUAGGCAUAGAAAUACACGAGGUUAUGAAAGACUACAUAAGGAUUACUAGGGGUGUCACACCAGAUGACAAUGUUUAUGUCAGGUCGCAACAAAGGUGA